CCCACAGGUGCGCUUCCUGGAACAGCAGAACAAGAUGCUGGAGACCAAGUGGAGUCUUCUCCAGGACCAGACCACCGUGCGCUCCAACAUCGACUCCAUGUUCGAGGCCUACAUCGGCAACCUGCGCAGACAGCUCGACGGCCUGGGCAACGAGAAGGUCAAGCUGGAGGGAGAGCUGAGGAACAUGCAGGGUCUGGUUGAGGACUUCAAGCUGAAAUAUGAAGAUGAAAUCAACAAGCGUGCCUCAGCGGAGAAUGAGUUUGUUCUGCUGAAGAAGGAUGUUGAUGCUGCCUACAUGACCAAGGUAGAACUGGAGGCCAGGGUUGAUGCCCUUCAGGAUGAGAUCAACUUCCUCAGGGCCGUCUAUGAGGAGGAGCUGCGUGAGCUGCAGGGACAGGUCAAGGACACCUCUGCUAUUGUGGAGAUAGACAACAGCCGUACUCUGGACAUGGACUCCAUUGUGGCUGAAGUGCGUGCUCAGUACGAAGACAUUGCCAACCGCAGCCGUGCCGAGGCUGAGGGCUGGUACAAGGCCAAGUUUGAGGAGAUGCAGUCCUCUGCUGGUCAAUAUGGUGAUGACCUGCACGCAACCAAAUUAGAGAUUGCAGAACUCAAUCGCAUGAUCAGCCGUCUAACAAGCGAGAUUGAGUCAGUCAAAGGACAGCGCGCCAGCCUUGAAGCCCAGAUUGCAGAGACUGAGGAGCGUGGUGGGCUGGCAGUGAAGGAUUCCAAGCUCCGCAUCAGGGACCUCGAGGUGGCCCUCCAGAAUGCCAAGCAGGACAUGGCCCGCCAGGUGCGCGAGUACCAGGAGCUGAUGAACGUCAAACUGGCCCUCGACAUUGAGAUCGCCACCUACAGGAAACUGCUGGAAGGAGAGGAGUCCAGAAUUGGUGGUGCCUCUGCAACCGUUCGCGUUCAGGAGAGCUCCGCUGCUGGUGGAGGCGGUGGCCUGGCCCUUGGUGGUGGCGGAGGAUUCGGCUACGGUGGUGGUGCCGGCAUGGGCAUUGGAAUUGGUGGUGGCAUUGGUGGUGGCUCCAGCCUCAGCAUUGGCGGUGGCAGCAGCAUGUCCAUGUCUCGCUCCUCCUUGAUGUCCAGUGGCAUCCGCCGCUUCUAAAUGAGGAACAACACCUCUCCUCCCUUCCAUCUGCUUUGCCCCUGCUAUCCCCUAUUCCACUCACAGAACAUUUGACAACGUCCUGACCAAAAAGUGUUCUUCAUAAACAAAAACCUCAAGAGAGAAAGAAAUAUGCCAGAAAUGGUUAGAGCUUCUCGAUUCACAUCACACUUUGGAAGCCUUUCCCAUCACAGGCCCAUGGAUCUGAUCAUGACCAGUGCAACAUGUGCAACAAGCCAUUUACAUGUGAAAACACUAAAUAAAUGUUGGUUCUUUAUAAAGUA